AUGUUAGCGGCGGCAAUGGCUUACAGUAGGAGAGAGGAUGAGGAGAAUGGGGUCAGGUUUAUGAGGGGUUUGGACAAAGGGGCUGAGCGUGCGUCGAUUACACCCUGCCCCAGAAAUCAUUACCGGGAGCAGGCCGCCGUUCACACCACCCACCCCACGCCGCGCCCCCAGGGGUCAGGGGUCAGCGCCGGUCCCAUGGAUUAUAGCACCCAGACACCCCCGCUAACCCUGGCGCUCUCCAGCCGGCCAACCUUCGCCGCCUCAUGGGUCCUGGAGUGGCACCCCUUUGAUUUUAAAUAA